UUCUCAAUUUUUCGGGUUGUAUCUGCAUGUAAAUGUUGACUGUUUUCUAUGAACAAAAUUAUCAAAACCAUUGAAACAAUGUUUUGAGUUGAGUUCGAUAUACCAUUCGGAUACAAAAUGGUCUGAAUAGUGAUCGAGCGGCAUAUUAUUAGUGUUUAUUAUAGAGAGAGUAGUUCUGAGUGAAUACAAAUUCAAUGUCUUUCAUUGUUGUGUUUUAUUGAUCAAAUUAAAACUUUAUAUCAUCGAAUGAUCUUGUUGAUAUUUUUGUUUUGUGUUUUGGUUAUAACCAACAUGUAAAAAUGUUUAAAUGUUUUUCAUUCAUGUGAUAAAUGAAUGACUCAUGUUUAAGAUUAAUUCGAUCGAAUCUUCAACUGUAUUUGUAAUAAUUUUAACAUAUAUGAACAAUGUGUACUCAAUCGAUAAUUUUUGAUGAUGACACACAGACACCAUCAUUUAUAGAAAGAGGGAAUUUGACAAACAAAAACGAUUGGUGCACUGGCCCCUUCAAUACUCGUAGACAUUUACAAACGAAAAUAUACGAUAACUGUGUUUAAUUAGUGAAAUUUGAAGCUUAUUUUUUUCAAUUUCAAACGCUAUAUUAGCUAUAAAAAAAAGACCUGAUAACCAGGUUCAAUUGAGUUCUCAAUCGUCAUUUGAUGGUUUGUUAUGAUUAUAUGUUCAACUGUCCAGAGUACAUUUGCUCAGAACUUCAUUCAAUUUUUUUUAUGCUCGAGUUGAUUUUUUUUUGGCCAAUAUAUUUAAUUCAUAUAUAGGAAUAUAGAACUAUUAUAUUGAUUAAUCAACAGCUUGGCAAACAGUUAUAAUUGUGUGUGUAUAGAAGAUGAUUAAAAAUUCAAUUCUGGAUCCAGACAUGGAAUGGAUUAUAACAAUGAUCGAAACACAUGUACCGUUUGGCCAAUCUAUUUUAUGGAUCAUAUCUAUGAUGGCAAGUAUUUACAUACGAAUAUCUCGUUGUUUUCUCGAUGGCCUAAUGGAUAUAACGGGUUUAUAUUAUUGGACAAAAAGAAAUCAAAUUCCACCAAUAACAAAUCCAUUGUUACUGAAAACAGCAACUGAAUUGGCAGAAAAAACUCGUACUGGACAGUUGAAAUGCGAAACACUUGUUCGAGUAUUCAUCGAUCGUAUCAAACUUGUGAAUCCGUUGAUCAAUGCUGUUGUUGCCGAUUGUUUUAAUGAUGCUAUCAAAGAGGCCAAAGAAUAUGAUCAGCGUAUUGAAAGAGCAUUAAAUGAUCCAUUGGUCAAAGAUGAUGUACUUGAAUUGCCAUUACUCGGUAUACCUAUUACGAUUAAAGAAUGCAUCCCGGUCAAAGGAAUGCCCAAUACUGGCGGUUUAUAUUCACGAAAAGAUUUUCGCGUCAAAGAGGAUGCACAGGUCGUGAAAAAUAUUCGUAAAUCUGGUGCGAUCAUCUUAGGUGUGACAAAUGUACCUGAAUUUUUGCUCUGGUGGGAUACCAACAAUCAUGUAUAUGGACGAGCACGUAAUCCAUAUGAUUUAUCACGAAUUACUGGAGGCAGUUCCGGUGGUGAAGCGGCUAUACAAGCAGCAGCCGGUGCAAUAAUUGGUGUUGGUUCAGAUAUCGGUGGUUCAUUAAGAAUACCUCCAUUUUUUUGUGGUACAUUCGGACAUAAGCCAUCAUCGAAUAUGACAAAUAUCGAAGGAAAUUUUCCAUAUUGUGGCCAUAAAUCAAGGGAAAGAUUGCUAGUCAAUGGCCCAUUAUGUCGUUAUGCAAUGGAUUUAAAACCAUUAUACAAAGUGAUUAUCGCCGAUAAUGAAAAAGCAAUGGCUCAACUUGAUUUAGAUUGUCCAGUUGAUUUAAAAAAAUCGCGAUUCUAUUUUCUUUAUGAAGAUGGUGAUUCAUUUAAAACACCUGUUUCGUCCGAUAUACGUGAAACAUUGAAACGUGCUCGUCAUUUUCUUGAAAAAGAUUGUGGCUUUACUUGCAUCGAUGCUCAAAUACCGUUGAUGAAAUAUAAUUUCUUAAUAUUUUUGACUACAUUGGGCGAUUGUGAUGCACCAUUAUUGGGUGAAGAAAUUGUUGAACGACGUGGACGAUUGAAUGCCUGGCCUGAGUUGAUAAAAUCAUUGUUUGGUCGAUCGAAAUUUCGUAAAAUUACCUGCAUGAAUGUGAUAUUAGAAAAUGCCAUCUAUUCACCUCAAACACGACAUAAACGUUGGUAUCGAAAGAUAAUAGACAUGGGAAAACAAUUGGGUGAACAAUUGGAUUCAAUGUUAGAGGAUGGUAGCAUCUUGAUUAUGCCAUGUCUACCGGAAAAAGCACCAAAACAUAGCGGAACAUUUUUACGUGUAAACAAUUGUGGCUAUACAUCCGUAUUCAAUGUAUUGGAAAUGCCCGUUACACAGGUUUCAAUGGGUAUUGGUCAUCGAUCCAAGAUGCCCGUUGGUUUUCAGAUAAUAGCGAAACGUUUGAAUGACCGUUUUACACUAGCUGUGGCUGAGUUAUUAGCCAAAGAAUUUGGCGGUUGGCAACCACCUUGUGAAGUUCGAAUUAAAUGAACAAAUUGAAUCAAAAUGAAUCAAUCAAUAAAAUCUAAAAUGACAAUA